UCUUCAAACCAAACUUUUUGUUUAACACUUCUUUUUCAUUCUUUUUUCUAACAGUCGAACCUCUCGCAAGUUCUUCCUCUCUUCUCUUUUUUCAGUUCCCCUUCGUCCUCAAUUUCUCUUUAUCUUCCAAUAUAAUCGUCAUUUUUUUUUUAAAUUUCCACUGUGAACCACACAUUCACUGCCGGCAAGACUCAUACAAUCGCAAUUCUGCUUUAUCUGCACACUCAAUUAAGUCAUUUGGGUAGAUGUAUAUGCUGAAUUUGUAUAGACCCUCUUUCGGGCAUCUCUGGAAAUGCUGUGAACAUAAGGAUUUGUGCGGCUAUUCUAGAGGGUUAACACGCAUUCCAAUCUCUACUGCUCGCUGCUUAGGUUCCAGGAAAAUUAUUGCCAUGUCUGCAUCUGUGUCAAAAGAUUCUGGGAUAUCAGUUGCAUCAGCAGCAAUCCAGCCUCCAUCUCACCCUACCUAUGAUCUGCGUGGCAUCAUCAAAUUAGCCCUUGCAGAAGAUUCUGCUGACUUUGGUGAUGUAACAUCUUUGGCAACUAUCCCUUCUGACAUGCUAGUGGAUGCUUUCUUUUUGGCCAAAGAGGAUGGCAUUGUUGCUGGUAUUGCUCUUGCAGACAUGGUUUUCCAGGAGGUUGAUCCUUCAAUUAGGGUGGAAUGGUCAAAAAAAGAUGGAGAUUAUAUUCAUAAAGGAUUGCAAUUUGGAAAAGUUUCUGGGCAAGCACAAAGCAUUCUUGUAGCUGAAAGGGUGGCACUAAACUUUAUGCAGAGAAUGAGUGGAAUUGCAACUUUAACCAAGGCAAUGGCAGAUGCUGCAAGCCCUGCGUGCAUUCUGGAAACGAGAAAAACUGCUCCAGGUUUACGUUUGGUGGAUAAGUGGGCGGUAUUAAUUGGUGGAGGUCAAAAUCACAGGAUGGGUUUAUUUGACAUGGUGUUGAUAAAAGAUAAUCAUAUAUCAGCAGCUGGAGGCAUCUCAAAUGCCAUUAAAUCUGUGGACUUGUAUCUGCAACAAAGGGAACUUAAAAUGAAUGUAGAGGUUGAGACCAGGACUCUCGAGGAAGUUCAUGAGGUACUACGCUAUGCAACUCAAAACAAGACAUCCUUAACUAGGAUGAUGUUGGAUAAUAUGGUAGUUCCACUGCCAAGUGGUGAUGUUGAUGUUUCCAUGCUUAAGGAGGCUGUAGGCAUAAUCAAUGGGAGAUUUGAGACUGAGGCGUCAGGAAAUGUUACUCUCCAUACUAUACAUAAAAUUGGACAAACUGGGGUUACUUACAUAUCCAGUGGUGCGCUGACACAUUCUGUGAAAGCACUUGAUAUCUCCUUGAAGAUAGACACAGAAUUGGCCCUUCAAGUUGGAAGACGUACAAAACGAGCUUGAUUGAUGAUUCAUUCUUGUAUUUGUAUUUGGUAAAAUAUUUAUCCACUCUAACUUUACAACUGUCACCCUUUUUUCUUUUUCUUUUUUUUUAUUGGAAUUGCAAAUUUGGUUCAUAGUUUGAUAAAUUAUCUUAGGUAGUAUCUAUCGCUGGUGGUUGAUACUACGGGGUGAAGUUACCCAUCUAUCUUUUAAGGAGUACUAAGUUCCUUUGAUUUUUCAUGAAGUUUUAUCAAUUAGUCUCAAUGUUUAGUUAA